AUGGUGAUGCAGUUUCAGGGCUUAGAAAAUCCGGUUCAGAUUAGCCUUCACCACAGCCACCGGCUGUCAGGAUUUGUCCCGGACGUGAUGAGUUUGAAGCCCACUAAAGGUGUGCUAACAGAACAAGAGGCAGGCGCUCUGGGGCAGCACCUGGAUUUGGAGGCAUAUUCACCAUACAGCAAUGUCCAGUUCCCUCAAGUUCAACCACAGAUUUCCUCAUCCUCCUAUUAUUCCAACCUGGGUUUCUACCCACAGCAGUCAGAAGAAUGGUACUCUCCUGGAAUCUAUGAACUCAGGCGAAUGCCAGUGGAGACUGUGUUCCAGGGAGAGACUGAGGUAUCAGAGAUGCCUGUGACAAAGAAGCCCCGAAUGGCCACAUCAGCAGCUGGAAGAAUAAAAGGGGAUGAGCUGUGUGUUGUCUGUGGGGACAGGGCCUCAGGGUACCAUUACAACGCGCUCACCUGCGAGGGUUGCAAAGGUUUCUUCAGAAGAAGCAUAACCAAAAAUGCCGUGUACAAGUGUAAAAAUGGGGGCAACUGUGUGAUGGACAUGUACAUGCGACGAAAGUGCCAGGAGUGUCGACUAAGGAAGUGCAGAGAGAUGGGGAUGUUGGCUGAAUGUUUAUUAACUGAAAUUCAGUGCAAAUCUAAACGACUAAGAAAACAUGUGAAGCAGCAUGCAGAUAAGACUGUCAAUGAGGACAGUGAAGGACGUGACUUGCGACAAGUGACCUCCACGACCAAGUCAUGCAGGGAGAAAACUGAACUCACCCCAGAUCAGCAGAACCUUCUGGAUUAUAUUUUGGAUUCAUAUAGCAAACAGAGAAUGCCCCAGGAGAUAACAAAUAAAAUCUUAAAAGAAGAAUUUAGUGCAGAAGAAAACUUUCUCAUAUUGACAGAAAUGGCCACCAGUCAUGUACAGGUUCUUGUCGAAUUCACAAAAAAGCUUUCAGGGUUUCAAACAUUGGACCAUGAGGAUCAGAUUGCGUUGCUGAAAGGGUCUGCAGUUGAAGCCAUGUUCCUCCGCUCGGCAGAGAUUUUCAAUAAGAAACUUCCUGCCGGACAUGCAGACCUGUUGGAAGAAAGAAUUCGAAACAGUGGCAUCUCUGAUGAAUAUAUAACUCCGAUGUUUAGUUUUUAUAAAAGUAUUGGGGAAUUGAAAAUGACUCAGGAAGAGUACGCUCUGCUGACAGCCAUCGUCAUCCUCUCUCCAGACAGACAAUACAUAAAGGAUAGAGAGGCAGUGGAGAAGCUUCAGGAACCACUGCUUGAUGUGCUACAAAAACUGUGCAAGAUUUACCAGCCCGAGAACCCUCAGCAUUUUGCCUGUCUCCUGGGCCGCUUGACGGAACUUCGGACAUUCAACCAUCACCAUGCAGAGAUGCUGAUGUCCUGGAGGGUGAAUGACCACAAGUUCACCCCACUCCUCUGUGAGAUCUGGGAUGUGCAGUGAUGUGCAGAAUGAGGGACUAGCUCCUUGUCCUUUUUGGUACAUAAAUCUGAUGUUUGACUUCCCUUAUUUCAUUUGUACCUGGUUCCACUCAAGAAUCUCCAUGAGUAUUUAUGUAGCAAUUGUGUAACUCCCACGCUUGUAAAUACAGGCUGGAUAGAAUUGCUUUCUCUGCAUUACAUUUUACAAGUCUUCAGGACACCCCACUGGCUUGACCAGUUUGCCUAAUUAGAUCGAUUGCUACUUCAGUUCUAGGGACAACCUCAUUUUAUUCAUCAUUUGACAAUAUUGCAUAUAUUUUAUUAAAGAGACAAUAAACUGAACA